AUGAGCGAACCAGUAGCGAGCACCUCUAGUUCCAAAGUCUUCUCCAUCCUCGGCAAGAAUCUCAAAGCAAACACUGCCGAGGAGCUCGAGCCUUACCUCACCCAAUUGAAGGAUCUGGAUGGGGUUGAAGAGGUUCAUCUGGGUGGAAACAGUCUUGGGGUCGAGGCAUGUCAGGCUAUAGCCGAGGUAUUGAAGACUAAGAAGACUCUCAAGGUCGUCGACCUCGCAGAUAUCUUCACCGGUCGAUUGAUAUCUGAAAUUCCACAAGCUGUCUCUGCCCUCUGUGACUCCCUCACAGACCAUACGUCCCUGGUGGAAAUUGAUCUAUCAGAUAAUGCUUUUGGAGGUCGUUGUGCCGACUCGUUGACGAACUUCCUGCGAUCCAACACUUCGUUCUCGAUCUUCAAGCUGAACAAUAACGGGCUAGGACCGAUGGGGGGCGAAGUUAUCGCGAAAGCAGUCAGCGAGAAUGCCGACAAGUGUCGACAGGAAGGUAAAGAGAGUUCUCUACGGACGAUUGUCUGCGGUCGGAAUAGAUUGGAGAAUGGGAGCGCGGACGCUUGGGCAGAGGCAUUUGAAAAGCAUGGAAAAUUGAGAGAGAUCAAGAUGCCUCAGAAUGGAAUCAGGAUGGAAGGGAUCGCUUCGCUCGCCAAAGGAUUGAGCAAGAAUCCAGAUCUUGAGCUCUUGGAUCUCCAAGAUAACACGGCUACCAAGACGGGCACUAGAUCGAUCGUGAAGCAACUUUCGAAAUGGCCAAAUCUACGACAUUUGAAUCUUUCCGAUUGUCUCCUCGGAUCUUCAGGCGGUAUCGCUCUCGCUAAGAGCUUGAGCCUGGGCAGCAACCCAAAAAUGGAGGAGCUCAAGCUUCAGUAUGGAGAGUUCGACAAGCGGACAGUGGAGCUAUUGACGGAAGCUAUCGCUCAACAUCUGAAGGAUCUAAAGGUCUUGGAACUUAACGGCAAUAGAUUUAGCGAAGACGACGACUGCGUCGAGGAGUUGAAAAAGGCCCUGGCGCUGCAUGGCAACGAGGACGCAUUGGACGAAUUGGAUGACAUGGAAGAGGUUGACGAGGACGAGGAGGAAGAAGAGUCUGAGGAGGAAGCCAAGUCCGAAUCGGAGAAAGAGGACGAAGACAAGGCUGGGGAGCCGCUCGACGGUGUUGCAAAGGGCGAAGAAACAGACUUCUUGCCCGCUACCACCGUCAAGGCGACAGACGAGUGA